AUAAAAACGAAUCACCAUUAUUGGAGCUCCUGCUCCUCCUCCGCUUCCUCUUCCUCUUCCUCUUCCUCUUAGCCAUUGUUGGUCAGCCUGUAAUCUAAUCAUGGUGGAAAGAGACGAAGACAGCAGAAAUGGCAAGAGAACUAAUGUUACAGACAGGAAGCAGCAAUCUCCUCCAACCUUCGUCAAUCACUUCGCUAAAUACAUCGAAUCCAAAGUUUCUUAUGCCGAAGCUCUUCGACUAGGUCACGUGAAUCAGGAGACUCAUAGUCCGAAUGAUUCUGCCACCAAUACCGCCGUGGACGGAAAUCUCUCGAGAUCUUACUCGACUCCCUUCUUUGACUCCUCAGUACCCUCUAAACCUUCACUGCCUCACUCAAUUUCGUCUCCAGAUCUCGAGAGUCAAGACUCCAAAACAGAGAACAACAGCAGUUUAGCAGCUCGUGAUUACCCUAAUUCUUCUUCUUCUUCUGUUGCAAUUGCUAAACGCUCUUACUCUGAUCCCUCUGCGUUUUCCAAGUCAAAUAGUCCGUUGUAUUUUGGAAAACUAAAAAGCUGUCUAUCGCUCCCCAAAUCGUUUCCUGACCGAUACGCUUCUACGGAUCUGAAAACGAGUAGUAAUGGCAAACCUCCUACUCCUUCUCCGUCGCGCUUAUCCAACUCUGAUUUCCUUCGAGAAGAGUUGCAACACCUGAUCAAACGUACUAUGGAGUCCGGUGGUUUGAGGAGACAAUGUGCAAACUGUGGCAAUUCUCAACAUUGUUGUGGACAGACCAUACUUGAAGCAGUUUCCUCUAUCCCUCCCCCAUCAUAAAAUGUGGCUUUCCAAGGUUAAUUGUUGAUGGACUGGAGGAGAUUUGGAGCCUUCAAGACUUGACCAAAUCAGAACAAAGGCUAAGAAGGUAGCAUUCAAAGAUAUUGUUGUCCAUGCUAAAUCUUGAGUCAUACUGGCAAUGAAGGCUGAUGCAGCAAUGCUAUUAAUUUGAGGGGAAAUUCUACAUUUUCCCCCACCUGUAAGCUUAUGAUGGAUUUUUGACGCAUUGUCCAAAAAUACAACUUGACUUAUUUAUGGGUUGUGAAAAAGCAAUGCAGUCAUUUUUCAUAUCGUUCACAAAGUCUUUCUUUUUUUGCUGAUUGUGCUCCUUUGUAUAUGCUGCAACUCUUCUCUUCUUUCAUCUAGAAUGCGAGUAAGCAUUGACAUUU